AUGUUUGGUGUUGUAAGACGAAGGGUUGCUUCUGGCGGCUCAUCUUCGUUGCUGAAAUUAAGGUCUGGCCCUGCUAGGGUUUCUUCCAUUUUGGAAAAAGAGAUUGCAUUAAGCUCAGGAGGUUGCGGAAAUGUUCGGAAUUUCAGUCACAUAACACCUGGAAGCUGGAUUAAUUCCAAACCUAUAAGGGAUGUCUUUCAUCAGGAGGUCUCCAUUCAAACAUGGAGGCGUUCAUUUUCUUCGGAUAAUGGAGAUACUGUUGAUGUCGUGGUGCCUCCAUUGGCUGAAUCCAUUGAAGAUGGGACUCUUGCAAAAUUUCUGAAGAGGCCUGGUGACAGGGUUGCUGUUGAUGAACCAAUUGCUCAAAUCGAAACAGAUAAGGUGACAAUUGACGUUUCAAGUCCUGAGUCAGGUGUUAUUCUGAAGCUUCUAGCCAAUGAAGGUGAUACUGUUGAGCCAGGUCACAAGAUAGCAAUCAUAUCAAGAUCUGCUGAUGCUACUCACGUUGCGCCAUCUGAGUCAGCACCUGAAAAACCUGCUCCCAAGCCAACUCCAAAAGCUAGUGAACCCGAGGAGAAGAAAGCUCCUAAAGUUGAAACUACUCCGAAAGAGAAGCCUAAAGCACCUGCUCCUCAAAACUCUCCAUCUGAGCCACAACUUCCUCCUAAGGAAAGAGAAAGACGAGUUCCUAUGACAAGGAUUCGGAAACGGGUUGCCACACGAUUGAAAGAUUCCCAAAACACAUAUGCUAUGUUGACAACCUUCAAUGAAGUUGAUAUGUCUAAUUUAAUGAAACUGCGUGCUGAUUACAAGGAUGCUUUUCUUGAAAAGCAUGGAGUCAAAUUGGGACUUAUGUCUGGAUUUAUCAAAGCUGCUGUCAAUGCACUUCAACAUCAACCGAUUAUAAAUGCAGUCAUUGAUGGGGAUGAUAUUAUAUACAGAGAUUAUAUUGAUAUCAGCAUAGCUGUUGGAACCCCAAAGGGACUUGUUGUGCCAGUUAUCCGGAAUGCUGAUACAAUGAACUUUGCGGAUAUAGAAAAACAGAUCAACACUUUUGCAAAGAAAGCCAAUGCUGGAACUUUAUCUAUUGAUGAGAUGGCUGGAGGUACUCUAACAAUAUCAAAUGGUGGUGUUUAUGGCAGCCUUUUAAGUACCCCUAUUAUCAACCCUCCUCAGUCGGCAAUCUUGGGUAUGCAUUCGAUCGUGAGCCGUCCAGCUGUUGUUGGAGGAGUGGUUGUUCCAAGGCCACUGAUGUACAUUGCUCUAACAUAUGACCAUAGAAUCAUUGAUGGAAGAGAGGCAGUGUUCUUUCUGCGACGCAUCAAAGAUACUGUGGAGGACCCUCGCAGGCUUUUGCUUGAGAUAUGA